AUGACAAAAGCCGAGAUUACUAAACCAAAGUUCAAUAUAUUUGUUGACAACCUAAGUAAGGCCUUAUCUCCACAGUUUAUUGCUACCUCCCAUGAAUCCGAUGCUCCAAAAGUUGCCCUCAAUAAGUCCUAUCUAUAUUAA